AUGGGUUCGGGUUAUCAAGUUGGGAGCGAAGAUAUUUCUUGCGGGACAACUCUAAUUGGAAUGGAGUAUGAUGGUGGUGUGGUUGUUGGAACUGAUUCGCGAACCAGUUCGGGUAAUUUCAUAUAUUCGCGUAUAACUAAUAAAAUUACGGCAAUAAAUGAUCAUCUCUGUGUCCUUCGUAGUGGAAAUGCAGCUGAUACUGAAGCAGUCACAGAUAUCGUUAAAUAUUAUCUGGAAGCAUAUUCUUAUUUUGAAGAAGAGGCAAUUGGUGUUCAACGUGCUGCAAAUAUUUUUAGGAAUUUUUUUUAUAAAUAUCGUGAUAUGUUGCAAGGUUCUGUUAUCGUUGCUGGUUAUGAUGAGAAUGAUGGCGGACAAUUAUAUACCAUACCUUUGGGUGGCUUUAUAAGUCGUCAGCGGUGUACAGGCAGUGGUAGUGGAAGUACUUUUAUUCACUCAUUGCUAGACAGUAACUGGAAGCCAGGAAUGAAGGAGGAAGAUUGUAUCGAACUCAUUAAGCAGGCCACAGCCUUGGCGAUACAUCGUGAUGGAAGUUCUGGUGGCGUUAUUCGUUUGGCUAUCAUCGAUAAGAAUGGAACAAGGAAAAUUGUUAGCUUUUCGCUUAUUUUGGAUUUUUAUAUAAGUUUAUCUAAGUUCUUUUGCGUAUUCGAUUUUUAA